UGGAUUAGAUAUAGAUUUUAUUUUGUUUUUUUUUUCGUUUUAUUUUUAUCAAUAGUCAAAAUUCCCAACCCGAAAAAUGAGUUGUCAUCGACAUGUUGGUGCUCCCAAGAGAAUCACAUCCGCACCUAUCGAACCAACCACCUCACCUAUAACUGUGGAGUCUCCAGAGCUCACGCGUAGAAUGAUGAAAUUUCUCAAGUUGAUUGCUCUGUAUAAAGACCACGAAUGCCUGUGGCAUCAAUGCCAUAUGGAUUUUUUCAAUUUACCCUUGAGGGAGAAGGUCUGGCAGGAGAUUGCCGGAAAGAUGAAGAAAGGCUCAGAUGCCGAGCAAUGGAAGAACUUGAUCUACAAGCUACGCUAUAGUGUCGAACUGGAGCGUAUACAACAGCAGGCGGCCAAGUUCCAACCGGAUAUAGAUCUGGAACCGAAACUGCAAUACGGGGAUAAAAUGCAGUUCUUAAAUCACAUGUUUGACAGAAAAUGGUGUAAAUCUCCCUUUCGCACAAAGACUUCCACUCAACGUAAAUCGGAAUGCUUCAUGCUGUUGUCUGACAGCACAGGUCUGACAUCGUAUGCCCGCAAGCUGAAGGCAUUGGAAAACCUAAGGAACAAGUGCUCACCUUAUGUACUCAGUCCCGAGGCCUUUCGCAAGGUGCAAAUAUUGCUGCAAGAAAAGAGAAUUGAAAGCCUACCCAUAGGACCAGGGAUACAAGAAUAGAAUGUCGACUUGACAAAGGCUUGAAAGAGGUUUCGGCUUUGGCAACAGGAACAGAAAAAGACUGCUUAAAGAAUGGUGACUUUCCAACCUACCCAUAGGACCAAGCCAGGAACACAAAUCCCACAAUAGUGGGAUUAGUCUGCGGGCCUCUAUUAGUACCUACGACAUUUACGAUGAUGAUGAUGAAGCUGAGAUUCUCGACAACUUCAGCGAGCAUUGAAGUACAACUUACGCAAAUCUCUGCCGGUUUGGAAAAUAGUUUUGGAUGGGAUCUUAAUACAUUAUUAUUUGGAAAA